AAUUGCCUCGCAGUCGCAGCCAGCACGCACCACAGCACACGCCCGCGCCGCCGCGCCCGCACGCCCCUUCCUUCAUCCCAAACUUCAAGAAGAAGCUUCUAGAACCUUCCGGAAGGGCUCGGUGGCGGGAUGUGGGGGCGGCACUACUGGGGCGGCGGGCGGCGGCCGAGCGGGGCUGCCGGAGGGGGAGGAGACGGCGCCGGCGGCGUGGUGGUGAUGUUCGCGUGGCUGUCGAGCCAGGAGCGGCACGUGCGGGCGUACGUGGAGCUGUACGCCGCGCUCGGGUGGGCGUGCCUCGUCUGCCACUCCGACUUCCUCACCCUGUUUUUUCCCGAGAAGGCUGCCAUGCUUGCUGACAGGGUGCUCGGGGAGCUUGUCAAGGAGCUUAAGGUUAGACCGGCACCUGUCGUGUUUGCAUCGUUUUCGGGAGGGCCGAAAGGUUGCACAUACAAGGUUCUUCAGCUGAUUGAGCGAAGAUGUGAAGGGCAACUAAGUCUGGAUGAGUACCAGCUUGUACGAGAUUGUCUAUGCGGGCAAAUGUACGACUCAGGUCCUGUAGAUUUUGUCAGUGAUUUAGGCACUCGCUUUCUCCUUGACCCAAGUGUCCUGAAGAUGUCUGAACCUCCUCGUGUCUUAUCAUGGAUGGCCAAGGGCCUUGCCUCAGGUCUCGACACUCUUUUCAUUAGCAAAUUUGAAGAACAACGCAAAGAUUAUUGGGAAACACUAUACUCAUCAGCACAUGUUGGUCCAAUACUAAUACUAUGUUCAGAGGAUGAUCAACUUGCUACAUUUUCAAUUGUUCAAGAUUUUGGCCAGCGUCUCCUGGAGCUUGGUGGUGAUGUGAACCUAGUUAAAUGGCAUAGUUCUCCUCAUGUAGGUCACUACAAGCAUCACCCUGAGGAAUAUCGAGCUGCGGUGACAGAGCUACUCAUGAAGGCCUCAACGCUUUACAGGAGCAGAAGACAACUUAACGGCUAUGAGGUGGGCGUGAGUGAGCACAGCGGCAUGCCUCCGUCCGUCUCUAAUCUCCAUAGAACUGCUGCAAGCUCCAAUGUUCGGCUGCAAAGACCACCAAUCGAUCCAACCGAUCAGUUCUUCCUGCCGAGCUCCAAGGAGUACCAUGAAAGCAAUAAUGAAGACCCGAAGCCCGAGCUGUUCAACAUGCCAAGCGUGGAAAGCAUGAACCCGCAUGGGGUAUUGGGUCAGGUGCUGUAUGAUGUCGUCCCAAAGAACAUAGAAGGCUGGGACCUCAAGCCUUCUGCGUCAAUGAAUGGGAGGCACAUGAAUAACAUUGCACGUCGACGUGGCAAUUUUAAUCCAGUUAAAUGCAUGCGACGAUCAAGAUUGUGAAAAUUUUGGUUGGAACAUGUGGAUGAAUAUAGGUGACUUGUGUAUACGAUGAGAGAACCUUAUUUGCUGGAUGCUGGUGAAACUUAAGAUAGCCACUAUCCAUUGAAUAAAAUGCGAGAUUUGUUUUUGUACAUUAGAAACAUUGUGUAUUUUUUAAGACGAACAUUGUAUUCUGUUGCUAAAGAAAAUUGUGCACGUAUAAAUGUGCUUUGCUC